AUGCCCGCGUAUCAGUACGAACCGCUCUCCUCCCCGGACUCCAUCAGGCUUCUGCUUCUACAGCCCUCCGACGCCCGCGAUGCCGAACUCAAGGGAUCCCUACUCAACACCACGCUGGCCGAAUGUGACUACGAUCUCAUCGAUAGCUACACAGCCCUUUCUUACGUAUGGGGCAGCAGCGAAAAGCCAUGCCAGAUAUUGCUCGAUGACAUGGCAUUUGCCAUCACGCGGUCGUUGAACGACGCUCUGAGUGAUAUGCGCGACGCCACACGUCUUCGGAGAAUAUGGGCCGACGCUGUUUGCAUCAAUCAGGAAGAUAUCCCGGAACGCAAUAGCCAGGUUCUCAUCAUGAAAGACGUCUAUUCUACUGCUCACAGCACCGUUAUUCAUCUUGGAGGUCUCACGAAAGAACUGGACGCAAUCUUCGAAGCUGGACCUCCGGUCCUUCAAUACGACGUGUAUGGCCAUGGUUCACUCGCGUCUGGGUUCUCCAAGAAUUGGUUUACUCCAAAGAUCCUUGGGUUCAGUGUUCUACCAAGCGGAUGCGUUGGUCUGAUCUCCAACGUCUUUUCUUUGGCCCGGAUAUUGAUCAUCGUGGUAUGGACUCUGUAA